AUGGACACGAGCUCGUGCCAUGGCAAGAUCUUUCUGCUCUUCUCCUCAACACUGGUGCUGCUGCUGGCGGCGCUCGUGAUCGGGGCCCCCUCCCGUGCCCUCGCGAAGAGAAACCCCGCCCAUGCACGAGUGAAGGUCUUCGACGUGAGGAAGUUCGGCGCGGUCGGGGAUGGGAAGACCGAGAAUAGCAAGGCAUUUCUCGAUGCGUGGCGCCAAGCGUGUCAGUACAAAGGAGCAUAUAGGAGGAGAUUGUACGUCCCGCUAGGGACGUACCGGUUAUGGCCGGUGGUGUUCGAGGGGCCGUGCGCCGGCCUCAUCAUCGUCACGAUCAAAGGGGUGCUCAAGGGGCCCGAUGACCCGUCAACGUUCUCCCUGAACCAUUGGAUCACCUUCCAGUACAUCGACGGGAUGAGGAUCCAUGGCGGCGGUACGUUGGAUGGCCAGGGCCACCACGCUUGGCCCUACAACAAAUGCGCUUGCAGUCCUCUUCCAAUUUCAGUGCGACUCAAUUUCGUCAACAACACAAUAAUCAAGUCGAUAAGUUCGGUGGACAGCAAGAACUUCCACUUCAACGUCUUCUCCUGCCACAAUAUCGAGUUCCGGCGCGUGCAGAUAAUUGCCCCCGACGAAAGCCCCAACACAGACGGGAUCCACAUAGGUGACUCGUCCCGCAUCAAGAUCACUGACUCCCAGAUCAAGACCGGGGAUGACUGCGUCUCGAUCGGGCCGGGGUCCAAGGACAUCGAGAUCGUCGGGGUCCACUGUGGGCCAGGCCACGGCUUCAGCGUGGGUAGCCUCGGGAAGUACCCGAACGAGGCGGACGUGACCGGGCUGUCCGUGCGGCAGUGUACCAUGACCGGCAGUCAGAACGGUGUGAGGAUCAAGACGUGGGCUUCUCCCCUCAAGAGCAGAGCCUACAACUUCUCGUUUCAUGACAUUACCAUGAGGGAUGUGCACAGUCCCAUUAUUAUCGACCAGGAGUACUGUCCGAAAGGUGGUUGUUCCGCGCAGGCGGCAUCGAAUGUCCAGAUCGAGGACAUAUUGUUCUCAAAGAUCAAGGGCACUUCGGCUUCGCAGGUGGCGGUCGACCUCAUAUGCAGCCCCAGCGUGCCUUGCAAGAACAUCAACCUCCGCGACAUCAAUUUGGAGUACACCGGCUCCAAAGGGCCUGUGAAAUCAAUCUGUGCUCAUGUGAGAGGCAACGUCCGCGGUGUACAGAAGCCAUCGCCUUGCAUUUAGCACGGACAAAUAAGAAGCUGGCUUUCCUUUUUGUUCAUAUCUCCCGACCCCGACAAGCGAGAAACUUUAGUGUUUAAGUCAGAACAUUGCUGUGUCGAGUAGGAUUGUCUUUUUUCCUUCAAAUGCAAAUCCUUCUAUGUGCUAGGGUAUG